AUCGCAGUACCAGGCACCCAAAGAAAACAUGAAGACAGGAAGUAGUAUUGCCAUAAGAGACUUAAAUUUAUAAAUAUUACUUGUUGCCAAGGAAAUUUGCUCCCCUUAUUUUUACAGGUAGUUACUUUCAAAAAAUUCCUUUUCAGUUUCGACAUCCUUAGUUACAAGCAAACAGCACAGCCGCAUAUUUGUAUUCAAAAAUAAGUUGAGUCUAAUCAGAAUUAAUUGAAAAGCUAGUUUUGCUUUCUGUUUAAAACAUGGGCGAUCAAGAGGAACCGAAAUGCGAGAGGGCAGAGGAUUUGUACCAGGCAGGAGACGCCCCACCCUUGCCUGACAAAGAAGACUUGUCGGCCCAAGAGUUGUUUGUCGUCAACUUCCCCCCACCCUACAGUGAGGGAGGAGAGGAGUGCAUUAAGCCGAAUGAUAAAGAGAAGAAAGACGUGGACGAGAUGAUGAUAGAGGCACAGAUGUACUUUCGCAACGGGGAACCCUUGAAAACUGAAGAGGAGGACGAAUUUAAAGAGAUGAAGAAAAAGAAGACUGGAGGAUUCUGCCUGCUAUCUGGGAUCGCCGUCAUUUUCAUGAUCAUACUCGCAUUCCAGCUGGGAAAGAGAGCAGGCUUCUGGAAAGGACAUCAUCAUGGCGAGCGAGGUUGUGGGUUUCACAGCGGAUACGGAUCAAAAGAUGAUGGACACUGGGGUGACAGACAUCACGAACACAGACCCGACGACACCCGAAGCUGCGACUUUCGCAUGGAGGGCGAUAGCGAUUACAACCGCGGGGACAUCUGCACUUUUCGCGAUCCAAUUCCAGCUGUGGAGUACGACAGUAAUGUAGAUGGGGAGGAGGGAUCCCGUUGGAUUAUGUUGCAAGGAGAGGACAAGGAAGGCCGCCCGUACGACCUACAGAUUCUCGACUUCUAUGACGUGGACGGAGAACAUGUGUGCAUGGUAAUGGAGCACUUCUUCGCGGAGACCGGAGAUAUCACGGAGGACUUCGAACAAUUCGAGGAGGAUGUCAUCAAACUCUUCCCGGAAGCAUCUUCGAUGGAGUUCUCAGACAGCAUGAUACACCCUGUGUACAUGAGCGCUCAGGAGUUGCACGGCCGAGAAGGAGACCACAUGUCGCGAAAGACUAUGGACUACUGCUAUGACGAUUCCCAGAUGUACCUCCUCACCCGGCAAGACCGAGAGGCAACUGUAGACUACAACUGUGUAGGGGGACGAGAAGAGGAAUUUAUGAUGCCCGUCGGUUAUCACGAGAAGCCAGAUGGCUCUUCUUCUUACAGUUUGGGAAUGUACAAAAUGUGCAUCCAUGAAGAGCACAAUCAUCACUAAUCGUGACCCAAUAAUUAAGCCAUCUAUUACGCUACAAUUAUGUCAUAUAUCACGCAAUAAACGUAAUUACUAAACGAAUUGCUCAAACAUGCAUCCCAAGACUCAAGACAAUUGAUGUUAAUUCGAUGAACCCAAGACUAUAUUCUUAAUCAAUACCAAUGGAAUCCGUAAUAAUAAAAAUAUAGUUCGUUGCAGCUAGAUUGUUCAGAUUAG